CAUGGAAAUCCACAGUGACUGUGAGAUCCAGCAGAGCUGUACCGAUGGAAAUGGAAGUCUGUAGACAGUCUCAGGAGGCCAUAGUGUCCAGUCCCGCAGCUGAAUCAGGAGGCUGUUUUCAAUGGGGAGGCUUGUGUCUAUAGCAAGCUCCCACCAUGGCCAGGCAUCUAUUGUUUGCACAGGGGUUGUUUGAUAAGCAUUAUGUUCUUCAGAAGAUGCCUACUCCAGGAGUCAAAAUAGCAUGAAAUUUAAUUUUAUGCCUAUUUGACAAAGCUUGAUUUCACCUCCAAUCAGCAGUGGCGAUAAGAGCCCUCGGCACAAGUGUGCGGGGUAGUUUGGCAGCUGUGACUGUGGAUUUAAUAGGUGAAUCGACAGGAACAGCACUUGAAAAUCCCCAGGGUAGUCAACCAUUAAGGUGAGCCCUAUCUUCCGUCCCCCAGCUCCCUUUCUGCAGUGUUCUCUGGUUGCUGGGCACUAAAGCAAACCAAAGCUCUGUUUACCAAGUCUACUAUUACAAUACAGCUACCAAAUAUUUGCCAGCCGUCAGCACUGCUCCACCACUAUAAAUACUUCGGCCCCAGAUGGAAAGACUGCCGGGGGCAGGAGCUGGGAGCCCAUGCAUGGCGGGACUGUGGCGGCUCGAGUGAGUCCAAAGGCCGGUGGUGCCCAUCUCUAAGUGAGCUGAGAUGGCUGCAGGAGUAAUCAGGAACCCAGCAGAGUUCAGACUGCCCACUUCCUUUCAGCACUCAUUUCUCCACCCUGCUGUCCAUCAGGAUAGGGAUUUUCAAGAAUUGUCUGAGGAGGAGGAAGAUGAGGAGGAGGAGGAGGAGAUGGAGGAGGUGGAAUUACAGGGCAAUCCCACUGCUCCUAUUCCUGGUGGAGAGAGACAAGAAGUCACAGCCACUGCCAGCCUACAUGAUGCAGAAAUGACCCUACAGCUCCUCAGGUUCUCAGAGCUGAUCAGCAGUGACAUCCAGAGGUACUUUGGGAGAAAGGCCAAGGAGGAGGACCCUGACUCCUGCAACAUCUAUGAGGACUGCUUCUCCCCACAAAGAUCAGGGCGGGAGCUGUACUAUGCAGACCUGAUGCACCUUGCCCAGAGUGGGGAACUGGAUGCUGAGGACUCCCACAGUGCUCAGGUGCCCUUGGGGCAGCUAGACCAGCAGCUUUGGAGGUCCAUUUGUAACAAAGACGGAGGGCAGAAGCUGGGACCACUGGCUGAGCUCUUCGAAUAUGGCUUGAGGCAGUACAUCAAGCAGACAGUCUCUGACAGCAGAAGGCUGCGGCUGGAGAAGAAGUAUGCCCACAUCACCCCCAUGCACAGGAGGAAGCUGCCACCAUCCUUUUGGAAAGAGCCCUCUCCUGGCCCUGCAGGCAUCCUCAACACAAACACGCCUGACUUCAGUGACCUCCUUGCCAACUGGACUGUUGAGCCUGGGCAGGAGCUGCCCAAUGCCAGCAGGGAGCUGGCCAGUGAACUGGGCCGGCAAGCCAUGGAAGCUGAUCAGUUCAAUGUGCUGUGAGGCAAAGGUGCCAGGGCUCCAGUCAGCUUCACUGAGUCCCAUGGGCUGGGACCAAGCUAGGGGCUGCUGGAAAGAAGCUACCUGCUCCUAAGGUACCGAGGGCUUUGUCCAAAUGGGAAUUCACACACCCUGCCACCUGCCCUGUCCCAAGUGACUGUGGGUGAGAGUGCCAUAUUUCUUCUUGUGCCCACUUUCAGCCCCAUUCUAGUUUGUAGGCAGCACGCAGGAACCAGGCUGAUGCCUGGCACAUUAACCUUGGGCCUUAUCUUGCCCCUGCUUUUUAAGUAUGAUGGGCUUUGGACUUCUGCCAGUUGCAGCAUCAGCCUUUGUGCCAGUCCCAUCAAACUACCCAUGUCUAUGUGUUCUGCAGGGAUGGCAGGGAUACUGGGCAGUGCCAAGGUGCAGCUGCCGCCAUAUGAUAGCCACAUCCUUGCCAUGUGCCACCUUGGUUAAUGAUAAAACUGGCUUUGCUUUUACAAGAGAAGGUUCUAAUGGUGUCAGUGGGGCUUUGGAAAUGGACUUUCUCAGCUGGAAUGUGCCAAGGCCUGAGAGCUGCUGUAGCAAGGAGCAUGUUUAAUUUUAUUUUCCUCUGAUUGUAACAGGAAUGACUAGGGUGAAUAAACCCUUCAUUGCAGUG